AUGUUACGCGCAUACUCAGGUACUGGAGGCUCCGGCAACUUGGCUCAGCUAGGCGUCAGUUUCACUCGCUGCCAAUUGAGGGAACUUAGGCGCAGGAUCGUCACUGCAUGGAUUUUGGGACUUCUUUCAUUAGAGAUCAUUUCCACCUUGAAAUUUGCAGUUGAAUUGUCUCUUGGCCUUAUCCUGAAGGUUGAUUCCGUUGCACUCGUGUCUGCCCUCCUUGCAUUGCACUUAUCCGGGGAAUAUGACUACUACGUGCUUAAUGUCUCAAAGCUCACUCUCGUCGUUGCUCUUCUCUCUGUCUUCGCCCUCCCAGCAUUCGGAAUACCCGGAUAUGUUACAUGGGACGCUACGUACAGCAACCCUGACGCGUCCCUCAAUACCGUCUCCUGCUCUAAUGGCAAGAAUUGUCUUUUGACAAAGGGGUACACCACCUUCGCCUCCCUCCCUUCAUUCCCCAACAUCGGAGGUGUCCCAGGUAAUUCCUGGAACUCCACCUUAUGCGGUUCCUGCUGGAGCCUCAAGUACGCCACGCCUAGUGGCCACCAGACUACUGUCUACGUCACCGCUAUCGAUAACUCUUACACGUACAAUAUCUCACCGCAGGCAUUCGAUAGAUUGACCGAUGGCACUGGUUUCGAGACCGGUAAAAUCAAAGUUAGAGCUAAUCGGGUUCCUACUAGCAAGUGUGGCUUGUAG